AACAAAACAAAAACAGAGCAAGAGCGGCCAGAGACGCUCCGAGGCAGCGGCAGAGGUUGAGGAGCGGGGAUCAGGCCAGCGGAGCGGGGACAGGUCAGCGGACCAGGGACUGGGCGAGCAGCGCCAGCGGCCCGACGGGUUUGUUCAGUUCCCCAGCAUCUCAGCAGGCGUCUUCGUAUGAUACUUCCAUUGGACUUUCUGUUGUAAUAAUAAGAAAAGUAGUUGCCAGGAGUGCAAAAAAGAAGUGACAGCUUGGAUAUUUCCUGUGUGCCCACUUUUGCAUCAUUGUGGCUAAAUACUUUUAGCUGAUUCUUUUAAGCUGCUAAUGAGCUGUAAUUGUAGCCCUGGUACGAAUACAAAUACGUACAUUUCUAGCUAACAUAUGGACUGAACUUAAAAAAUGGUCAGAGUGGAUUAUCAGAAAUAGAUCCCAAAGGAAGACUUCCAUUUGGUAAUUUAAUCAGUGCAAGUGAAAUUAAGGAAUAAUGGAUGUAGAAAAUGAGCAGAUACUGAAUGUAAAUUCUACAGAUCCUGAUAACUUAAGUGACUCUCUGUUUUCUGGCGAUGAAGAAAAUGCUGGGACUGAGGAUAUAAAGAAUGAGAUAAAUGGAAAUUGGAUUUCAGCAUCCUCCAUUAAUGAAGCUAAAAUUAAUGCCAAGGCAAAAAGGCGCCUAAGGAAAAACUCAUCCCGGGACUCUGGCAGAGGCGAUUCAGUUAGUGAUAAUGGAAGCGAAGCCAUUAGAAGUGGAGUAACUGUACCAACCAGUCCAAAGGGAAGAUUGCUAGAUAGGCGAUCCAGAUCUGGGAAAGGACGGGGACUACCAAAGAAAGGUGGUGCAGGAGGCAAAGGUGUUUGGGGUACACCUGGGCAGGUAUAUGAUGUGGAGGAAGUGGAUGUGAAAGAUCCUAACUAUGACGAUGACCAGGAGAACUGUGUUUAUGAAACUGUAGUUUUGCCUUUGGAUGAAACAGCAUUUGAGAAGACUUUAACACCAAUCAUACAGGAAUAUUUUGAGCAUGGAGAUACUAAUGAAGUUGCGGAAAUGCUAAGAGAUUUAAAUCUUGGUGAAAUGAAAAGUGGAGUACCAGUGUUGGCAGUAUCCUUGGCAUUGGAGGGAAAGGCUAGUCAUAGAGAAAUGACAUCUAAGCUUCUUUCUGACCUUUGUGGAACAGUAAUGAGCACAAAUGAUGUAGAAAAAUCAUUUGAUAAAUUGUUGAAAGAUCUACCUGAAUUAGCAUUGGAUACUCCUAGAGCACCACAGUUGGUGGGCCAAUUUAUUGCAAGAGCUGUUGGAGAUGGAAUUUUAUGUAAUACCUAUAUUGAUAGUUACAGAGGAACUGUAGAUUGUGUACAGGCUAGAGCUGCUCUGGACAAGGCUACUGUGCUCCUGAGUAUGUCUAAAGGUGGAAAGCGCAAAGAUAGUGUGUGGGGCUCUGGCGGUGGGCAGAAGCCUGUUAAUCACCUUGUAAAAGAGAUUGAUAUGCUGCUGAAAGAGUACUUACUCUCUGGAGACAUAUCUGAAGCUGAACAUUGCCUUAAGGAACUGGAAGUACCUCAUUUUCACCAUGAGCUUGUAUAUGAAGCCAUUGUAAUGGUUUUGGAGUCAACUGGAGAAAGUACAUUUAAGAUGAUUUUGGAUUUGUUAAAAUCCCUUUGGAAAUCUUCUACGAUUACUCUAGACCAAAUGAAAAGAGGUUAUGAGAGAAUUUAUAAUGAAAUUCCAGACAUUAAUCUGGAUGUCCCAUAUUCAUACUCCGUGCUUGAGAGAUUUGUAGAAGAAUGUUUUCAGGCUGGAAUAAUUUCCAAACAACUCAGAGAUCUUUGUCCUUCAAGGGGCAGAAAACGUUUUGUAAGUGAAGGAGAUGGAGGUCGUCUUAAACCAGAGAGCUACUGAAUAUAAGAACUCUUGCAGUCUUAGAUGUUAUAAAAAUAUAUAUGUCUCUGAAUUGUAAGAGUUGUUAGCACAGUUUUUUUGUUUGUUUUUAAACACUUGUUUUGGGUACAAGGCAUUUCUGAAAUUUUAUAGACUUAAAUUUAAGGGGAAUUUUUAAAGGAAGUGUUUCCUUUUUUUUUUUUUUUUUCUUUUUUUUUUGAUGGUGUAAAGGAGGGACAGAAAAGUAACCACUUCUUAAGUGGAGUGAUCUCAUAAGCUACCUUUUGUAAGUGCCAUGUUUAUGACCUAAUCAUUCCAAGUUUUGCAUUGAUGUCAGAUUGCUAUUCCUUUCUUUCAAGGACAGUGUUUUUGUAGUAAAAUCACUGGUUUAUACAAAGCUUUAUUUAGGGGGUAAAGUUAAGCUGCUAAAACCCCAUUUUGGCUGCUGCUGUUGAAAUACUGUGCUUUGGGAGUAAAAAAAAAGUUAUUUCUUUGUCUUAAAGAAUUUUAAGAAAAUGAGUUAGUCAGGAGACUUAUUCAUCUUUCCAGAGAACGUAUUGAUUGGUCUUAAAGACUAGACAGUUAAGUAAAUGGUGGCUGGAACAUUUAUUUUUCUACAAAACUGGAAAAAUGAACCCGGUUCUAGAAGAAUGUAUGACAAAAUAAAACAUGUGAAACAGUGUUGAUUCUUUA